AUGGCUCCAGCGACGUCUUUGACUCCUGUACACUUCUUUUCUCAUGGAUCUACCAUGAUGCUUGGGGAGGAAUCCAACAGUGCGACAUAUUGGAAAAAAUGUGGCGAUGAAGCUCUGGCAAAUGGGAUAAAACAUGUAGUAAUAAUGGGCGCACACUGGGCAACACUCGGCAACGAAAUCGAAGUAGCCUCCAAUCCCAACCCAGAAAAAUCUCCAGUAGCCUACGUGCAUCCCUCAAAAUACGUCCCUUAUAAACUAAAUCCCGAUAUUCCCAUGGCAUCUCGCUGUGUUGAGUUUCUUAGGAACUAUGGAUUCGAAGCUAAACUCAAUGAUAAGUUUGAUUGGAUUCAUGAUACCUAUUUAAUUCUGAUACGAAUGUUUCCCGAUGGUUGUCCUCCUACCACUAUUAUAUCCAUGAAUGCACGAUAUGAUGCUCACUAUCAUACCAAAGUUGGGACUGCAUUAAGACCAUUGAGGAGAGAAGAUGUGCUUUUUAUUGGGACGGGAGGAGCAGUGCAUAAUUUGUAUAGGAAUAAUUGGUAUCAGAUGCUCAUGUAUCGAGACAACUUCGCCAUGGAAUCUCCCCCAGACGCCGCGAUGCUAGAAUUCCGCCAAGAAUUCGAAGAUGCAAUGACCAAGAACUCGGGACCAGAAUUGAGAAGAGCUUUAACGAUGCUAAUGAAACUACCCACGUAUCGUGAUGCGCAUGGCACCGAUGAUCAUUUCAUGUCGGCCAUGUUUGUGGCUGGGCUUUGUGGGAAUCUUGAGGAUCGGGGAACGAUGGCUGUGCUUGGGGCUGAGGAUUGGGAGUUGAAGAAUAUGUGUAAUAGUCAGUAUACGCUGGGGAAGUGGGCUUCGGGGAAUAUGAAGGGAAUAAGUGCGGGCUAG